UUUUUUUAAAACAACACUUUAUUAAUUAUUUACCCUCUUUUUCUUCCGUCGAAUCCUUUCCAACCCGUUACUUUCCUAAAAUCUUUUUCUUACGUAAUGUCUAACGACCUCGCUAAAUUAAUAAAUGGUCCAGCAGAUGAAAAAAUUGUGUCGAAAGUAGGCGAUCAAAAUAAUAGGUCUCCAACAAAAUCCCGAAAUCCUAAAACUCAUAAAUGCCAAGUUUGCACUCGUGAAUUCAACAGACUGGAGCAUUUAAACCGACAUAUCCAAACUCACACUGGAGAAUAACCCCAUAAAUGUACUUGGAACGGAUGUUCCAAAAGAUUCUCCAGAUCUGACGAAUUGACGAGACAUAAAAGAACUCAUGAUAG